GACGAGCAGACGUUUUCAACUCCUGAAAUUUCCAACAGGCCCGACGCGCAGCGCCCUGCCAGCGUUGUAUCCUCUCACAUGACGGACAUUGCCAGCGAGGAUGAAGCAGAUGACGUUGCGUCGACAUCGGCACCCAAGACGCAUCGAACACGAGAAUCGGGAUCGGUAAUCCGGCCAGAGUCAUCCAGGACGGGGGUCUCGACCUCCAAAGUUUGGGCAGGCGGCAGGAAGAAUUUGACCGGCGUGGGAAAGAGAGGAAGCGGCACAAGCACGACGAGCUCUGCGCUGGGACGAUCGCCGAGUCUGACUUCGCGAAGUCAUGUCCCGUCUCUGACGUCAAACGCCUUUUUCCACCCCAUGAGCUCGCAGAAGCUGCAGGCCCAGAGAGCGGGAGCUGUGCGGCCCAUUUCGACGAAUCAGCCACCCGCUGCGCCCCAGCCACAGUAUGGGGACCUUCCGGACAACGCAACCGAUGUUGAUGGAAGUGUUAUCCACGACUUUGCACCCUUGGCCAGCCCUACAUCGCCCGUCCAGUAUGUCAUGUAUACCGAAGACCACAGGCAUCUACCCUCUCGCGGAACCGACAACACCGAACACACUUUUGACCAAGGCACCGAUGCGACCAGUCCCACUGGACAUUAUGCGGCCGGGAGCAUGUCGGAAAGCGUCCGACCGCUGCGCAAGGCCUCGAUUCCAGAGAAAUCCCCUGCACAUCUCGACCUCAGCAGAGAUGGGAAUAUGAGGGGCUUCCCCAGCCCGAUGCUGAAGACGCCAAGGUCUUUUGGAUCGACAUUCCUGCCUGGCAUGGGUGACCGAGACCGCGAUCAGAGCCAAAGCGGCCAGAACCGAAACACGGCCGGCGUAGAAAAGCUCGGCUCUACUGCGUCAUCACCGCGAUUAAACCCCGUUGAUUCCCAACAUCGGCCCAAGACUGAGAGUACUGCAGCAUCUCACAAAAUGCGCAAGCACCGCAACUAUGAGUACUUUGAGGGCAACACCAUGUUCUGGUUUGGAGGCCGAUGGCAAAACACCAGGCAGCGUCCCAUCAACAUUGCCACUGGGGUUUUCAUCGUCCUCCCCUGUGUUCUAUUCUUCGUCUUUGAAGCGCCGUGGCUGUGGCACCAUGUUUCUCCAGCCAUCCCCAUCAUCUUUGCGUACCUUGCGUACAUUUGCUUCUCAUCUUUCCUCCAUGCCUCCAUAUCAGAUCCCGGGAUUCUCCCGCGAAAUCUUCACCAAUUUCCGCCGCUCGGCUCACUUGAAGAUCCCCUCCGUGUCGAUCCCCCGACAAAUGACUGGACCCUGAUAAAAUCAGCGGAGCCAACAGCCGCCGCCAUGGAGUUUCCCGUCAAGCACUGCCGGACCUGCAACAUCUGGCGGCCGCCUCGUGCUCACCAUUGCCGUUUGUGCGACAACUGCGUAGAGACGCACGACCACCACUGUGUGUGGCUCAACAACUGCGUUGGCAAGCGCAACUACCGAUACUUCUUCACCUUUGUCUCAUCCGCCACCUUCUUGUCUCUCUAUUUGAUUGGAGCCAGUCUUGCCCAGCUUAUUGUUUACAUGAACAAUGAAAACAUUUCAUUUUCCAAAUCCAUCAACCACUUCCGCGUUUCUCUCGCUUUGAUCAUUCUAGGAGUCUUUGCGUUUCUAUACCCCGCUGCCCUCAUGGGAUACCACAUAUUCUUGAUGGCUCGCGGCGAAACGACGAGAGAAUUCAUGAACUCCCACAAAUUCACAAAGGCUGAGCGGUAUCGACCGUUUGACCAAGUCAGCUUCUGGAAGAACAUCUUGGCUGUCUUGUGCAGGCCUCGCACGCCCUCUUACUAUCAAUUCAAGAAGGCAUAUGGCAACGGUGAUCAGCGACUGGGCCUUCACCGAGACCAAAGACCGCGGCUCGAUUCUCGAGGCCUUGAGAUGGAUGCAGUCAAGCCCACAUCUGCAGGCUUCCAAGGCCCAGUUGCCCUACGAGGCGAGAGCCAGGGCGAA